ACGAGAGAGAGAGCCGCAGCGAACUUGAGCUCUUCAAGACUUCCAAGAUUGUAAAAAGCAAGCGAAGCAAAACUUUUUUAAAGGAAAUUGAAACUGUUACUGUGGAUUGGAUUUGAGUCCAAGCGAUUAGAGGGUAACUCUUCCGAUUUUGACGCCAUUGUUGUUUCCUGAAGGUCUUAAUUUUUGUCUUUCGGUUGAAGCCAUUCAGCUGCUAUUCAGUUCUAGAGCUUUCCGUUUCCGGCAUCGUCUUUGGCAGUGAGAGAUUUCAGAUGUUUAUACAGGACGGUUAUUCUAGCGGAUGUAACGAGCAUCAUCCCUCUUUCUCUUACUCGUCUAGCAGAGAUGUGAGUUACAGUUGUGGUUCCUGUGGUUAUGCACUGAACUUAAGUUCCUCCAAUCGGGAUACCUCAACUAUUGGAUCCAAAUAUGGGAAAUCCUUAAAGAGAGGGAUCAUAUCAUUCUUUUCAAUCGAUGAGAACAGAUUCACUCAAAUAGAUGAAAUCUGCUGCAUACCUUACUUCAUCUCCAAGAACUACUGGGGUUUGUUCCGCCGGAGUAAAUCUCUUCUCUGUCGUAAAUGUGGGAACCAUAUUGGCUAUGCAUACGAGGAGCGUACCUCUUCUAGCCUCACGCCCGAUGGAUCAGACAUCACCUCUGGAAAGGGAAACUCUGUUUAUAAAAAGUAUGAUAUCAAAAUACGUGCUCUACAACCCUCAUCCUCAGAAGAAUCUGGCGUUCCUCUGGUUAUCUGAUGUACAUUGGCAAGAUGUUUUUGUGUUUGCCAUGGUCUGCUUAAAGAACCACCCAACAACCAAGCAGGCUUGAGAAGGACUAUAGAAAUGUUAUCUUAAAUGUAGAAAUGUUACAGAAAAUUCAGAUUAUGGAUGGUAACUGUGCUACAAUACAUUGGUGUUACCAUUUGGAUCGCUUGUAUAGUAGAAAAAACAUAGGGAGCUGCCAUAUAAAAACAUCCACGAAGGCUGCGUCUUUGAAAUGUUGGUGCAGGGUUUGUGUUAUAGGUGAACUGAUGAUGACAAUCACAAAGUAGGUUUUAUUAUGUAAAGGUAUCCAAUGUGCUAUAUGUAGGAAAUCACAGUUCUUUCCCCAAUCAUGUUUAGUUACAGGUUUUGAUUAUUGUCUAUUGUCUACCAAAGACCUGAAACUGUGUUGUGUUAAUGAAGAUGCAAGUUCAUCCCUCAAUUAAAGAUGAUUGAUUAGUUUUA